CCUCCAUCCCUCUCUCUCUCCACAUCCUCCUUCGGGUCGGGGCGAUCAACAGCGUCUCUGCAGCUGAAGUGAUCUGGAGGGCAGCUGGUAUAAAGGAAGUUCUAUAGAGUCUAUCCGAAGCACAACUACUGUCAAUUUCCAGGAAGGAGAAGCCAGUACCAACCAGUUAAAGGAGAGAGAGAGAGAGAGAGAACGAGCGAGAGAGCCCGAGUGUGUGAGCGGCAGCGGAAUCCAGCCUGAAUUAAAGCCAGAAGUGGGAACACACACACACACACACUGACCGCUGCUGCCUGGCUGCUGUAGCCAUGAGUAAAAGGGAAGCUCGGGUGGGAAACCCCGCCCCCACCACCGGGCCCGAAACACGCACCAACAUGUCAGAGCCCGCCGUGCCCGGAGCCGGGGGUCCGAAAGACGAGGCCUUCUCCAAACUCAAAAACAAGUUCAUGAACGAGCUCAACAAAAUACCACUGCCGUCAUGGGCUAUCGUGGCAAUAGCGUUCGUAGCCGUGGUGCUAGUCGUGUCCUGCUGCUUCUGCAUCUGCAAAAAGUGGAUAUUCAAGAAGAAGAACAAGAAAAAGGGCAAAGACAAGGGCAAGAACGCCAUCAACAUGAAGGACGUGAUAGACGGGACCAAAACCGAGGCCCUGAAGGAUGAAGACGAAGUGGAAACAGGGUUGACGGAGAACGAGAAGGAGGCGGAGCCUAAGGAGCAGGAAAAACUAGGCAAAUUACAAUACUCCUUGGAUUACAAUUUCACAGAGAACACGCUGAUAGUGGGGAUCAUCCAGGCAGCGGAGUUGCCAGCUAUGGACAUGGGUGGGACGUCUGACCCGUACGUGAAGGUCUACCUGCUGCCCGAUAAGAAGAAGAAGUUCGAGACUAAAGUCCACAGGAAGACGCUGAACCCCACUUUCAACGAGCAGUUCACCUUCAAGGUUCCGUACACAGAACUGGGAGGAAAGACCCUGGUGAUGACGGUCUACGACUUUGACCGUUUCUCCAAACACGACGCCAUCGGAGACGUCAAGGUGCCCAUGAACAAGGUGGACUUCAGUCACGUGACCGAGGAGUGGCGGGACCUCCAGAGUGCUGAGAAGGAGGAGCAAGAGAAGCUGGGAGAUAUCUGCUUCUCGCUGCGUUACGUCCCCACCGCCGGCAAACUGACCGUGGUCAUUCUGGAGGCCAAGAACCUGAAGAAGAUGGAUGUGGGAGGCCUGUCAGAUCCGUAUGCGAAGAUUCACCUGAUGCAGAACGGAAAGCGCCUGAAGAAGAAAAAGACGACAAUCAAAAAGAACACCCUCAACCCGUACUACAAUGAGUCCUUCAGCUUUGAAGUUCCAUUUGAACAAAUCCAGAAAGUUCAAAUUGUUAUAACUGUUCUGGACUAUGACAAGAUCGGCAAGAACGAUGCCAUCGGGAAAGUGUUCGUGGGUCUGAACAGCUCGGGAACGGAGCUCCGCCAUUGGUCAGAUAUGCUGGCCAACCCGCGGAGACCCAUCGCCCAGUGGCACGUCCUGAAGCCGGAGGAGGAAGUGGACGCCCAAUUGGCCGCUAAGAAAUAGAGAAUUCCUGGCCCGAAUCCCCGCCCACAUAGUGCUCCUAACCCAGUGUGUACAUACCUCAGUGAUGAUCCGGAAGCUCCUCCCCCGCAAAAACGCCUUCUUUUAUAUAUGAUAGUUAUUGGUAUUUUGAUUGCCCACCCCCCACCCCCUUCAAUAUACACACACACAUGUAUACAUACAUAUACACACUUACACACACACACCUAUACGAGUUGUGUUUCUAUGUGCGUUUCUAUAUGUCCCUCGACCCCGCCUCCGUUCAUUCUGACCAUCAUCUACACGCGACCUUUAACCCCUGACCAAAACGCCCCCUUCUUUUAAGCAAUAUGAUCUUGUGUAGAUAGCGCAUGAAUGGAAAACGUGUACCACAAGGUGUAUAUAUCAGUAUGCAGACAAAAUGAUUUCUAGUUUUUGUGUUUGUAUGUUGUUACCCGUUUCCUAAUCUGUGUAUAUGUUGAUGUUUUUAAUAAGAUGUUCUAUUUUAAAUUAUGUAAAAAUGCAGAUAUAGGAGAGCCAAUAAUAUAUAUAUAAAUAUAUAUAUAUAAAAACAGGAUUUAAGAAUUCUACCUAUUGCAUUCCAGUGAAAUAUAUAUAUAUAUAUAUAUAUGACUAUAAAUAUAUAUACACACAUUCACACACACACACACGCACACAGACACAUAUACUUGUGUGUGUGUGCGUGUGUGCAUAAAUAUAUAAAGAAUUCCAACCUGCAAGAUGCGAGAUGUUGAGGGGUACUCACAUUUCAAAGGACAAUUUUAGGCUUCAUGUUUACUUGAAUAAAAAUUAAAUAGAUAAAAAAUAGAAAAAUAAAUGUUGAAAAAAGGAACACAAAGAAAUCUCAUACAAAAAUGAAAUGUCUUGGAAUAUGUUGCUAUGUAUAUGCAUAUAUCUAUAAAUAUUUAUUUAUUGCAUUAUAAUUUGUAGGAUCCAAAGAAUAAACUAAAUAAAUAAAAAAAUAUAUUGCAACAUGUAGUGUAUUGUGCAUAUUCUACAUAUACUUAGUAUAUGAUGCAAUAUAUUUUGUCUUGCCAUGUAUUGCAGUUUAUUGUAUGUAUUCACCAUAUGUGGUGAACUGUAACAUGUACUGAAUUAUUACUGUAUAUUUCACUAUAUGUUCAUAUAUUCCACAAUAUAAGUUACAUUGUGUGGAAAUACUGCAGUUAUCGUGUUGCAACAUAAAUGUGUUCAAAAUUCUUUAGUUUAAAAAGUAAUAAUACGCUAUAUUGUGCAAUUCUACACUAAUAUUAGAGUAAAUAUAUAGCAACAUAUUUUUAAUACAUUUGAUUUUGGUGUGGGCUUACAGAGGCCAUUAACUGCUAUGGUUCCAUGGGAUAAAUAUGCAGCUGGAAAUUAUACAAGCACAUGAUUUCUUAAAGACUUUUUGUACUAAUUUGUGGAGUUGCGGACCUAUGCUUGGACCACGACAUUCAGAGGAGUUUUUACUUGAUGCAAACCAAUCAGCCUUUCUUUUUUUUCUGCUCUUCUGACCCCGGCGGACCCUCUCGCCGUUUGUUAGCCCUUAGCCAACUGGCCUUUGUUUUCCCUUCUCUUUAAUCCUUUCUUAAAUAUUUGAUUUGAUUGUUAUUUUUGAACCGACUUUUGAACUUCGAUCUAUUACCCUGUGUUCACACUGACAGGUGACAAUUUUGUCUUUUUACGGGUGCUGUCCAGGCCACUUGCGUUGUCACCGGGAGUGUGUAUCAGCAUGUCUGGUUAGCAUGCUGGCUGAUACACUAAACUAAUUAGAUUUUUGAUCUGUCAGCAUGUUGCUAAAUUGCGGCUACAAAUCGCAGACUCCCAUAGGAAAUGACUGGUCGACUGCCGUUUUGUCCCCACAUCACUUGUCGCUAUGUCGUGGCUACAAAUUAUGUAUAAACUUAAUCUUGACCACAAAUUGCAUAUUCCAAUAGAAAACAAUUCGACGAUUGCCGCUCUGUCUCCUGUCAGUGUGAAUGUGACAUUAUAGCCCCUCUGGAACCUGAUUGCGUAUAAAGGAGACAAGCUGUAGCCAUUGUAUCCUAAAGCUUGAGUAACAGCUUGACCUUUUGCUGACUGCUUUCGUUCCACAGCCUUGUAGUUGGACGUAUUUAAUUCCAAAUCCGAAGCGACUUUAGCUUUAAGACCAGUCUAUUGUUUUAUGUUUCUUAGAUUAUAUUAUUAAGUCAGUAUCGGAGUAUUUUUGGUAACUGCAUGGUUUUUUAAAUAACCUUUGCUAAAGGCUUUGGGUGUUGGGGGAUUUUACUCACACUAGGGGGCGCUGAGUCCGUUUCAGAAAACCCCCUUUGCCUUCAAGUCUGAACGGGAAAAAUAAGAAAAUAAAUAAAUCAGAAGUUAUGCGAUCGUGCGCGGUUACAGUAUAACUUUAAUGCUGGUUUAUUGAUGAGCCAGGCGGGUCAGUAUGUGAUGCUGCACCUGAAGGAGGAGGGACAAGCUUUUAAACACUGCCAUUUAUUUCAGGGAGGUAAAGAAAUGUAUAACUAUACUCUCCUCAUGCACACUUCACUUAGACAGUGGCUGUAGCUUUGGUUCAUCCAGAACUCAAAUGUCCUUAGGCCACGAUGGUGCCCUAAAAUAGCAGUCUUUGCUUUCUGUUGCCUUCUUGCAGUGUAGGGGUGUCACGAUUCUCUAAAUCCUCGAUUCGAUUUCAUUUUCGAUUUGAGGGUCACGAUUCGAUUCGAUUCUCGAUUUUCUUGUUUUUUUUUCUUGUUAUUAUUUUAUGCCUCAUAAAAUUUAAAUAAUAUAUUUAUUAUUAUUAUUAUUAUUAUAAAUAUUAUAAAUAUUAUUAUUAUUAUUAUUAUUAUUAUUUAUUAAGAUAUAUAUGGUAAUGCCAUCUAGUGACUUUUUUUGGUAGCAACAGUGUGCACUAUUAAAACAAGCAGUUUAUCAGAGCUGUGUGUGGAUGGC